GCGACAUCUCCACCAUGUCGCGGUGUGAAGCCACGCAGAUUCAUGUUCGGAAAUCCGACGAAUCGGGCAUCCAGGUGAGAAAGCGCUGAAUCAACUGCAUCAGGCCCGCCGGCGACCGCUUACAUGAGCCGCCUAUUGUCUAGAUAGAGGCGGAUGAGUUCUUGGUAGAUAUAAAGAACGAUGCCGUGAUAACCAAAACCCUAAGUAUUCAGCAUUGCAAUCUCAUUCACUAAACAGAGGACUUACACCAAACUCAUCUUUCAUUCCACCCAAACUCCCAGCCAGCAAUCAUGGCCCCCAUCAGAGUAGGCAUUAUCGGACUUUCCGCAAAGGAGGCAGUCAUGGGCCCAGGCGCCUGGGCCUCCAUCGCCAUCCUCCCCUCCUUCAAGAACUCGCCACACUACGAGAUUGUCGCCCUCUGCAACUCGUCCGCGGAAGCAGCCCGCCGUUCCAUCGAGAUGCAUAAGCUCCCUAGCACGACCAAAGCCUACGGCGACGUCGAGCAGCUGGCCAGCGAUCCGGACGUCGACCUCGUCGUCGUCAGCGUCGUCGUGACUAAGCACCUCGCAGUCACGCUCCCCGCGCUCGCCAACAAGAAGCAAGUCUUUGUCGAGUGGCCUCUCGGCGCCUCGGCGCAGGAGGCGGAACAGCUUACGCGGUUGGCCGAGUCGGGCGGGCUCAAGACGAUUGUCGGUCUCCAGGGUCGCUCCGACGCUCUCACUCUCAAGCUGAAGGAGAUUGUUCAGAGUGGGGAGAUCGGCGAGAUCAAGCACACUUCUGUCGUCGGCACUCUCCCGUACUUUCCUCCCAACUUCUGGGUUGAGGGCGCGGAGUACUACCUCGAUAUCAAAACUGGAGGAAACGCAUUCCACAUCGGCUUUGGGCAUUUCUUGGACUCGUUCACAAACGUUGUUGGCGACUUCGAUCUCAGCAGUCUGUCGUCAGUCCUAAAGAGCGACGUCGACACCGUACCCCUGUACAAAGCCGACAGAAGCAGCUUGAUCGACCCAGCGUACCCAAAGUCGGCCCCCGAUCACAUCUUGGUCCAAGGUGUGCUGCAAAACGGGGCACUGGCCUCGAUUGCCUGCCGAACCACCCCGGUCACGGUCGGUGAGGUCGGUGCUCGCUGGAUCAUCAGCGGCACCAAGGGGGAAAUCGAGGCCGUUUGGGACGGAGGCCAGUGGCAGAUUCACAGCCCCAACAAGCAGCUCAAGUACAAGUUAGUCGGAGGAGAAGAACAAAAGGUCACUCUCGAGACCGGUAAGCUCCCUGACGGGGUUGAGGUUUCGGCCGCGGGACUGAAUACAGUCCGCAUCUUUGAUGCCUACGCCAAAGGCAAUACUUCUCAGUAUGCGGAUUUUGAGACGGCUCUGAAGAACCAUGUGCUUUUGGAAACGAUUUUGAAGAAGUCGGGAUACAAGUAUUGA